GAUAUAUACAUAUCAGUGGUGGUCAGACACAGUAUUAGGGGUUUUGAACCAGAAGACCCAUUCACGUUGUUAGAAUCACGCCAAACACGUGUAUCAAUUUACAGUUCUAACCUCUAAAAUAAGUUACUCGCAAUCCGCGACUUUGACGCAUGAUACUUGAAUUUGAUAAUUAUAUCAGUGUAUGUACCAGCUGGUACUAAAAGGUUUGCAAAGUAAUCGAUCAGAUCUUUUUUAAAAUGAAGGAGAAACUACCAGAGACGAUCAAUUUUCCGAAGGAGGAGGAAAUUAUACUGGAAUUAUGGAAGAAACUUGAUACUUUUCAAACUUGUUUGAAACAAUCAAAAGGAAGACCAAAAUAUUCAUUUUAUGAUGGCCCACCCUUUGCAACGGGAUUACCUCAUUAUGGACACAUUCUAGCAGGCACAAUAAAAGACAUUAUAACGAGGUAUGCUUAUCAAUCUGGCUACCAUGUGGAGAGAAGAUUUGGUUGGGAUACUCAUGGUUUACCUGUCGAAUAUGAAAUAGAUAAAACUUUGAAUAUAAGAGGUCCUGAUGAUGUUGCUAAAAUAGGAAUAACAAACUAUAAUAAGGAAUGUAGAAGCAUUGUAAUGAAAUAUGCAAAAGAAUGGGAAAUAAUUGUGAGCAGAAUUGGCAGGUGGAUAGAUUUUAGAAAUGAUUAUAAAACAUUGUAUCCUUCAUAUAUGGAAACUGUUUGGUGGAUCUUUAAAGAAUUAUAUAACAAAGGCCUUGUGUAUCAAGGUGUUAAAGUAAUGCCUUUCUCUACCGGUUGUAAUACACCGCUAUCUAAUUUUGAAUCAGGGCAAAAUUACAAAGAUGUUGUUGAUCCUUCUGUAGUUGUAACAUUUCCAUUAGAAGAUGAGCCGAAUGUUUCAAUUGUAGCUUGGACUACUACUCCUUGGACCUUACCCAGCAAUAUGGCACUUUGUUGUAAUCCUAAUUUUGAAUAUGUAGAAGUUAAAGAUCAUUCUUCCGGUAAUGUAUAUAUUAUAUUAGAAUCAAGUUUAGAGCUUGUAUACAAAUCUAAAGAUUUAUAUACUGUACAAGGUAAAAGGAAAGGAACUGAUUUGAAAGGAAAAAGAUAUAAACCUCCUUUUCCAUAUUUUCUGAGCUUAAGAGACAAAGGUGCUUUUGUAGUAUUAAAUGAUACCUAUGUUACUGCAGAGACUGGUACAGGUAUAGUACAUCAAGCUCCAUAUUUUGGAGAGGAUGAUUACAGGUGUUGUUUAGAAGCUGGUGUAAUAACAAAAGAUCAAGAAAUUGUAUGUCCAAUUGAUAGUUGCGGACGUUUUGUAGAACCUGUUACCGACUUUAUUGGAAAAUAUGUGAAAGAUGCUGAUAAAGAUAUUAUCAAGUAUCUCCAAGCACACAACAGAUUAAUUCAUCAUAGUGCUGUUAAACAUAGUUAUCCAUAUUGUUGGAGAUCUGAUACCCCAUUAAUUUAUAAAGCUGUACCUUCAUGGUUUAUUAGAGUAGAAGCUAUAAAAGAGAAACUUAUAGCAGCGAAUAGUACUACCUAUUGGGUACCAGAAUAUGUAAAAGAAAAACGAUUUGGUAAUUGGUUACGAGAUGCUCGUGAUUGGGCCAUUAGUAGAAAUCGUUAUUGGGGUAAUCCAAUUCCUUUAUGGAUCUCAGAAGACGGACAAGAAAUUGUAUGUGUAGGAAGCAUUGCAGAAUUGCAGGAACUGACUAAUACAGAAAUAACAGAUAUUCAUAGAGAAAGUAUAGAUCAUUUAAGUAUACCGUCGAGUCGUGCAGGAUAUCCGCCUUUAAGGCGUGUACCGGAGGUAUUUGAUUGUUGGUUUGAAUCGGGUUCAAUGCCGUAUGCACAAAUGCAUUACCCUUUCGAACAUCGAAAAGAAUUUGAAGAAAGUUUUCCGGCUGAUUUUAUUGCGGAAGGUAUUGAUCAAACUCGUGGAUGGUUUUAUACUCUUUUAGUCAUAUCUACUGCUCUUUUUGGAAAAGCUCCAUUUAAAAAUCUUGUUGCUAAUGGUUUGAUACUUGCAUCCGAUGGGCAAAAGAUGUCGAAACGCAAAAAGAAUUAUCCAGAUCCCAUAGAAAUUGUUAAUAAAUAUGGAGGUGAUGCUCUUCGUUUGUACUUAAUUAAUUCGCCUGUUGUAAGAGCUGAAAAUUUACGUUUUAAAGAAGAAGGAGUAAGGGAUGUUAUAAAAGAUGUAUUCUUACCUUGGUAUAAUGCCUUCAGAUUUUUAAUGCAAAAUAUCGAAAGAUUUGAAAGAGAAGAGAAAAUUACUUUUAUGUAUGAUGAUUCAAAAGAUGUAUCUUCUAGUAAUAUAAUGGAUAGAUGGAUCUUAUCUUUUACACAAACAUUACUGCAGUUUGUUAAACGUGAAAUGCAAGCUUACAGAUUAUACACAGUGGUACCUCAUCUAGUAAAAUACAUAGAUAAUCUUACUAACUGGUAUGUAAGAAUGAACAGAAAGCGUAUAAAAGGUGAUGGUGGUGUAACUGAUUGUCAACAAGCAUUAAAUACAUUAUUUUGCGUUCUUUACAUAAUGGUACGUGUAAAUGCACCAUUUACACCAUUUUUAACGGAGUUUAUGUUUCAAUAUUUAGUGAAAGUACUACCACAAUCUAAGAGUAACAUGGACAGUGUUCAUUACCAAAUGAUCCCAGAAUCUUGUUUACAAUUAAUUGAUGAAAAGAUCGAGAAAGCUGUAUCAUACAUGCAAACUGUAAUUGAAUUAGGACGUGUUGUAAGAGAUAGAAAAACAAUUCCUGUUAAAUAUCCAUUACCAGAAGUUGUAGUAAUUCAUCAAGAUGCUGAAGUAUUGAAAGAUAUCACUUCUUUAAAAUCAUACAUUCUUGAGGAACUUAAUGUAAAGGAAUUAACAGUUACUACUGAUAAAGAGAAGUAUGGUGUUAAAUUAAGAGCAGAACCAGAUCACAAAGUACUUGGAUCACGUCUUAAAGGAGAGUUUAAGUCUAUUACUCAGGCUAUUAAAGAGCUUUCUGAUGAACAAUUACAAACAUUUGUUGCAGCUAAAGAAAUUACUGUUCAGGGUCAUAAGUUGGGCGAGCAAGAUUUACGGCUGAUGUUUAGUUUCACUGGUCCAGCAGCUGAACAAUUAUCCAAACAGUAUGAAGCUCAUAGCGAAGGAAAUAUUUUAAUUUUGUUAGAUGUUACUCCCGACGAAAGUAUGCAUAAUGAAGGAGUGGCAAGAGAAGUGAUUAAUAGAGUUCAAAAACUACGAAAGAAAGCCCAAUUAGUUCCAUCAGAUGAAGCAAUUGCAUAUUAUGAAAUAAAAGAUCAAAGUAGCAAUUUAGCAAAAGUAAUUAUUACUCAUAAAGAAUUUAUUGAAAAUGCGUCUAAAACUCCACAAGAGGACAUGUCAAAAAUGCCGAGCAACGCAAAUAUAAUUAUAGAAGAAAUGCAAAAGAUUAAAGGCAUUGAUAUGAAACUUGCUUUAGUUAAAAGUGGAACAUCUCAAACUGAUAAUAAAACAAACGAAGAACCUUUAUUAAAGUAUGUAAAUGUUGAACUUAUAGGUAUACAACCAAGAUUUGGUGCAACCAGUUAUGUAGGGACUGUUUUAUUAGAAGCUCCUAAAUCAUUAGUUCCUAUUUCAUAUGAACAGUUGAGAAACGAAAUCGAAUUAAUAUUUGGUAUUUAUAAUUGUUCAUAUGAUUUAUAUGUUAAUAACAAAGCGAUGUCGAUAGAAUUAGAUAUCUCGUCAUUACAUAAACAGACAAUUCAAGUAAGAAAAGCUGGUUCAGCUAUAGUUCAGUCGACUUCAGUAUUAAAACAUCCAGUCUGUAAAUAUAUUAAUAUCAAUGGCACUUUAGGAAAAGGUACUAUUCUUUUAGAAAAUCCGAAAGGAUGUUUUAAUUUAGAUCAUGCAAUGCUAAAACAACGAUUAAAUCUUUUCUUUAAUAAGUCAAAUAUUUCUGAGCCUUUGACUAAAAUACUAAGUGAAUCGUGUGGGAAAACCUUAAAAUUAAAUUAACUUCUAUUUAAGAAGUCACCUCUUAUUUAUUAUUUAUUUCUUUUUAUUCGUAUACAUUGAAAUUAAAUUUCUCAUAAUAUAAAUUAAGGGUUGUAUUAAGUAUUUUAUAAGCCAUGAAGUCGUUUCUACAUACAAAUUUUGGUGUGACAACUUUAUUCACAAUAUUUAUUUUAUAUAAAAGACUUUAUAAGUUGUUAAUUGAAUUUUCUAUAAGAAAAGAGGAUGUAAUUGCAAGCUUUUUAUAUAAUUAAAUAAUAAAUAUUAUUAUAAAUUGUA